GCAGGAGAGAAGCAAGAAAGCAACCCAAGUCCAUCCAUCCAGGCAUCGGAACUGAUCCAGAUGCACUAGAGAAGAGUCGCAGUAAGGAUACCCGAGACGGCCCAGUCAAGUCCCAGUCAUGCUGCUCAGUCGCGUUAAGCUGAAAUGGAGGAGCAGCGGGUGGAAUGGCUCCUCCCAUAACGCCACGAACGAACACCACCAGAACAACCACCAGAAGGACCUUCACCAGAACCACCACCACCAUCAUGAUGAUGAUGAUCCGAUCACUGCCAGCCGACAGCACAAUAUUACCAACAGAUCCGCACAUCCGCCGCCCGUUCGGGGGCUGUUACUGCCGUUGCUUUUGGUGGCGAGCCUGCUGGCCAGCCAGGCGGAGGCACUGCGUCUCACCAACGGCGGCAGCAGUCUCAGCAAAGGAGCGGCCGCCAACAAGGAGCAACUGAACAUCGGCCUGAUCGCGCCGCACACGAACUUCGGGAAGCGGGAGUACCUGCGGAGCAUCAAUAAUGCGGUGACAGGACUCACCAAGACGCGCGGUGCCAAGCUCACCUUCCUCAAGGACUACUCCUUCGAGCAGAAGAACAUACACUUUGACAUGAUGUCCCUGACGCCAAGUCCAACAGCGAUUCUGAGCACUCUGUGCAAGGAGUUCCUGCGCGUCAACGUCUCCGCCAUCCUGUACAUGAUGAACAACGAACAGUUCGGUCACAGUACCGCCUCGGCCCAGUACUUCCUCCAGCUGGCUGGGUACCUGGGCAUACCGGUGAUCUCGUGGAAUGCCGACAACUCUGGCCUGGAGCGAAGGGCCUCCCAGUCGACGCUGCAACUCCAACUAGCGCCCAGCAUAGAGCACCAGAGCGCCGCCAUGCUGAGCAUCCUGGAGCGGUACAAGUGGCAUCAGUUCUCGGUGGUCACCUCCCAGAUCGCCGGCCACGAUGACUUCGUUCAGGCGGUGCGGGAGCGGGUGGCCGAGAUGCAGGAGCACUUCAAGUUCACCAUCCUGAACUCGAUUGUGGUGACCCGGACGAGUGACCUGAUGGAGCUGGUCAACAGCGAGGCCCGGGUGAUGCUGCUCUACGCCACCCAGACGGAGGCCAUCACCAUUCUGCGGGCCGCCGAGGAGAUGAAGCUCACCGGGGAGAACUAUGUGUGGGUGGUGAGCCAGUCGGUGAUCGAGAAGAAGGAUGCCCACUCCCAGUUCCCGGUCGGCAUGCUGGGCGUUCACUUCGACACCUCCAGUGCGGCCCUCAUGAACGAGAUCUCGAACGCCAUCAAGAUCUACAGCUACGGGGUGGAGGCCUAUCUCACGGAUCCGGCCAACAGGGACAGGCGUCUCACCACCCAGUCGUUGUCCUGCGAGGACGAGGGACGCGGUCGCUGGGACAAUGGAGAAAUCUUCUUCAAGUACCUCCGCAACGUCUCCAUCGAGGGUGAUCUCAACAAGCCGAACAUCGAGUUCACGGCGGACGGGGAUCUGCGCUCCGCCGAGCUCAAGAUCAUGAACCUCCGGCCCAGCGCCAAUAACAAGAACCUCGUCUGGGAGGAGAUUGGAGUAUGGAAGUCGUGGGAGACACAGAAGCUGGACAUUCGCGACAUUGCGUGGCCCGGCAACUCACAUGCCCCGCCCCAGGGCGUGCCGGAGAAGUUCCACUUGAAGAUAACGUUCUUAGAGGAGGCACCCUAUAUCAAUCUGUCGCCCGCUGAUCCCGUGAGCGGUAAAUGCCUGAUGGACCGCGGUGUCCUGUGCCGUGUGGCAGCGGAUCACGAAAUGGCCGCCGAUAUCGAUGUGGGCCAGGCACACCGCAACGAGUCCUUCUACCAGUGCUGCAGCGGCUUCUGCAUCGAUCUGCUAGAGAAGUUUGCCGAGGAACUCGGCUUCACUUAUGAACUGGUUCGGGUCGAAGAUGGUAAAUGGGGUACCCUCGAGAAUGGCAAGUGGAACGGCCUGAUCGCCGACCUGGUUAACCGCAAAACGGACAUGGUCCUCACCUCCCUAAUGAUCAACACGGAGCGGGAGGCGGUCGUUGAUUUCUCGGAGCCCUUCAUGGAAACGGGCAUCGCCAUUGUGGUGGCCAAGCGGACGGGCAUCAUCUCGCCCACAGCCUUCCUGGAGCCCUUCGACACCGCAUCCUGGAUGCUGGUGGGAAUCGUGGCCAUCCAAGCGGCCACCUUCAUGAUCUUCCUGUUCGAAUGGCUCUCGCCCAGCGGCUACGACAUGAAGCUGUACCUCCAGAACACCAACGUGACCCCGUAUCGGUUCUCCCUGUUCCGCACCUACUGGCUGGUGUGGGCCGUGCUCUUCCAGGCCGCCGUCCAUGUGGACUCGCCGCGCGGCUUCACCUCCCGCUUCAUGACCAAUGUCUGGGCCCUCUUCGCUGUGGUAUUCUUGGCCAUCUACACUGCCAACCUAGCCGCCUUCAUGAUAACCAGGGAGGAGUUCCACGAGUUCAGCGGGUUGAACGACACCCGGCUGGUGCAUCCCUUCUCCCACAAGCCCUCCUUCAAGUUCGGCACCAUCCCCUACAGCCACACCGACUCGACAAUCCACAAGUACUUUAAUGUCAUGCACAACUACAUGCGCCAAUACAACAAGACCAGCGUGGCCGAUGGCGUGGCUGCCGUUUUGAACGGCAACUUGGACUCCUUCAUCUACGACGGCACUGUGCUGGACUACCUGGUGGCCCAGGACGAGGAUUGCCGGCUCAUGACAGUGGGCAGUUGGUACGCCAUGACGGGAUAUGGCCUGGCCUUCAGCAGGAACUCCAAGUACGUACAGAUGUUCAACAAGCGACUCCUCGAGUUCCGGGCCAAUGGUGAUCUGGAGCGACUGCGCCGAUACUGGAUGACGGGCACGUGUCGUCCCGGGAAGCAGGAGCACAAAUCCUCCGAUCCGCUGGCCCUCGAGCAGUUCUUGUCCGCCUUCCUGCUCCUGAUGGCCGGCAUCCUGCUGGCGGCCCUGCUCCUCCUCCUCGAGCACGUCUACUUCAAGUACAUCCGGAAGAGACUGGCCAAGAAGGAUGGCGGUCACUGCUGCGCCCUCAUCAGCCUGUCGAUGGGCAAGUCGCUGACGUUUCGCGGCGCCGUCUACGAGGCCACGGAGAUCCUCAAGAAGCAUCGCUGCAACGAUCCCAUCUGCGACACCCAUCUCUGGAAGGUGAAGCACGAGCUGGACAUGUCCAGGCUGCGGGUGCGCCAGCUGGAGAAGGUCAUGGACAAGCACGGCAUCAAGGCACCGCAGUUGAGGCUGGCUUCGUCCUCCGACCUAUUGAAUCACCAUCAUCUGAAGGAGCGACCGCCGCUGCUGGGGAAUCUGAGUCUAGCCGCCAGUGCCCAAGAUCUAUACAGGUGGUCGUACAAGACGGAAAUAGCCGAGAUGGAGACGGUGCUUUGAAGAGUUGAGAGAAACGGAAACGGAAGUGGAAGUGGAACUGCCAUGAACAGGAACUGGAUCGCUCACCCCUGGAUACGCACACACCCGCCACACCACUACCACUACCACUACUCCCACUCCCACUCCCACUCUCAGUCCACCACCUACCGUAACAGGUGCCGUUUUUUGGGGCUAGUGGGGGCUAAGGGCAUUGGAAUUAUAGAGCCAGUGCAUCAAAUCAAAAUCAACGUUUCAAAAAGUAUGUUAACUAGCAAGGAGGAUAACACGAAGGGAGCCUCACCUAUAACUGCACACACACACACACAAGCCCAAAACCAAGUAAAUCCAAAGAGUGUAUAAAAUUUAAACUAUAAAACUAAAUGUAUAACUUAAAAAACAAAAAUAAUG